UUGGCAGAUUUUUUGUUUGUUCUCCUGUCAUGUUGUACACUCAUCGUUGCAGUAGCGAUUGUUGGUAAUUUAAUGGUUUGUUACGUGACAAUGGUGGACAGAAAUCUUCGAAACAAUCCCAUGAUGUUUCUUCUUCUCUCAUUGGUGAUGUACAAGAUCUUUACCAUAAUAUUCGUUACUUUAGUACCCUCCUCUGUUUGGACCCUUCUUCCUGUUAGUAUUGAGUGCCUCAAGAACCUCAGCGAUCCUCUGAACCACCUUCGUCGUUCUCCUUUCUUGACAAGUAAGCGAGCACUCAUUGUCAUAAUCUUUAUUUGGCUUUUUAACGUUCUCUUUGCUGCAAUUCCCUCGAUGGUCUGGAGAGAUGCCCCUGAUGAAUCCCUUAUAUUUAAAGAAGUUUGCUGGUUUCUUCAGUCCCGAGCCUACGCUCUAAUUCCAGUGAUCCUCAACUUUAUUCUUCCGUUAAUUAUCAGCAGUGUUAUUUAUUUCAAGAUUUAUCUCACUGCACAUCAGCGGAAAAGAACUGAG